CUUUCAGAUUCAAUACAUGUGACAUGAGCCGGGCUGUUUUUCUGUCCAUCAUGCGCCUGUUCAUUCUUGAUCAAACCUGGUUCUCUGGUGCCAUCAGCCAACCUCAUUCAGAUACGUUAAAUGAAUUUUAUUCCACAAUUGAAACCGCUACAGAAGAAAUCAUAAAGAAUGAACACCCCACCAAAGGACAGGCCUUUCCCACUGGAAGAACACUUGUCAAAAAAGAAAUUGCGCGAAUUGCAUUUCACCCGUUAUAUCGUGUGUCAUCGAACGGAUUGACGUCAAGCGAUAUUUCGCGCAUCAUAGCAUUUUUGUCCACGCCUGAUUACGAAGUGAGUCUUGUGGCGCUGGAAUUUUUACACAGAAUAUUUCUAAGCCACGAAGAUGGUCCAGUGGCGGAAGAACAUGUUGAUGCAAUUGUGAAAGAGCUGCUAAAACUGAUGUUGGAUUCAAAAAUCAAGGGAGAAUGUUUAGCAAUGGUGAGUCAAGGAUGGUAAAUUAUCCAGUGUGGUUUGCAUGUUUGGCCGGGGCAGGAUUAGAAGUUCCUUUUUAUGUUGCCAGAUUGGAGAAAACAGUUAGAUAUGUCAGACAAAGCAGCCUAUUUUUGAGAUUUUGGUUACAGUAUAAACUAGUUAUUCAGUUUUCUAUAUACAAUAAAGGAUAAAAAAUAAUUUAGUGCAAAGCUCAAAUUUCAAGUUAAAUAUGAUGACAUACCAUAAACUUUAUUUUUUUCAUUGUAGCUGUACAAAUGUCUUUCUCUUGUGCCCCAGUUACUGAGGUUUCCAUGGCGGUUGGAUGGUCAGCGAUUAGUGCAAUUUAAUGAGGUAGUACUAACAGAAUUGCAGACAUUUUCUACAAUCCAGGUUUAAGAUAUUUCCAUUCGUUUAAUGUGCAUGCAUGACACUUAUGCAUGCAUACAUUAAAUUAUGUAGCUAUAGUUUUUAUCAUGGUAGUUCUCUUUUCAACAUUGAAAGAGACAGUUGUUCAAUAUGAUCCACUAUAAUUGACGCCCCAGUUGUGCAAAAUAAAGACUAGACGGUGGCUGACUGACUUUAUGAAUUAAAAUCUACUGCUACUAAUUUGACAAUAACUAAGUGUGAUUAUUCCACCAAUUACCAUUUUUUAUGUUGGGAUUAUAGGAUAUCAAAAGUGAAGUAUAUAUGUUUAUUAUAUGGCAAGCAUCAUGCACUUUCGGUGAAAUGGCGGACUGUGAUCGACUGAGAAGCACUUUCGGUGGUCCAUAUUUCCCCACAAUAGACCGGCGGUCCAUUACGUAAAUACAAACGCAUGCGUGCAUUUUAAAAUAAAACAGCAAAACUAAUUGAAUAUUUGAACAUAAGAUAUCUGCGAAUGGUUUGUGUUGGAAAAGAAGGAAUACAUUGGUAUUGUUUGUUUUCUUCGACCAAAUGUGUACCACGCUACAAAUAAUAAACUUUUUAUCAACCUCGCUUGCUCGGUAUGUACAGAGAAAUACCUCGGUCCGAUAUUUCUCUGUACAGACCUCGCGUUCAGUUAAUUAAUAAGAAGUUAAUAAUGAGUGAUAUCUUCAGUGUACCUGUACAAGUAUCAACCGAAUUGUUGCCAGUACAGUACAGACUGAAUAUAUACAAACUUAAGUCAACUUGUUAAUUAUGCUGUUAAUAUAACAAUAGAGUUUAUUUUCGCGGGCAUGAUUAUCUUUUUGGCCCAAUGAGUUCUGAGGAGGGCCAAAAACAUAUUUUAUGCCCAAGAACAUCGACUGUAUUGAUAUCAAUGCAAUUCAAACAAUAGAUAAUGAAGCUUAAUGAGGUUUAUCAUGCAUCUCAUUAUCUAUCAUCUCAAAUGCAAUUUCUCUAUUUUUUAAGGGUUGGAGACAUAUUGCGCAUUUUUUCAACACAAUCAAUCAACAGUAAGUAAUUUUAAUGAAUUAUAUAGCUCAACAAACGCUGAUACCCUUAUAUACAUAGUGUUUUUAGUGCAAAGUUUCCAUGAGAACUAUAUCUAUAUGUAUCUACUUGGAUGCUGGGACGGCUUUUAAUCAAAAUAGAGGUGUCAAUUAAUGUCAAUGAGAAGGAAAACAAAUGGUUUGCAGUGUUUUGAGUUAAGGGUUGGUGAACAAAUUAUCACUGGAAGAUAAAAGCUGGUUGCUGUAUGGAAACAUUAUUAUGAGGAACUUUAUACUCCCUUAGAUCAUCCUUCUUUUGACAACGACUUAAUGGCGUUCGUAGAAAACCAAAUCAACGCAUACCAAACCGAAAGUCAUAAUUUUGAUGAUCCACUGGAUGGACCCUUUACUGUCGACGUCAGUAAAGUGUGUAAAGAUCUUCCAAACGGUAAAGCUGGAGGCGAAGAUGAUUUAAUAUACGAAAAUGUAAAACAUGCAGACGACGCAUUCUUCACCCAUCUUACUAGGAUAUUCAACGCCAUGCGUCAAAUUGAACAUAUACCAUCAUCAUGUUUGUGGUGUUACACUGAGUGUGCAGCUACACCGGGCAAGCUGAAAAGUUUGCCUGACCAUGACGGUGGAAAUCGAACCCGCGACCUUUGGGAUACUAGUCCAAUGCUCUACCAACUGAGCUAGGGUCAAGUCAAUAGAUACUACGAACUGAUACACACAAGAUUGGAGCCCUUGAGUUUAUGGUUGGAAGCAAAAAAACACCCGUUAAUUACCAGAGAAAUCUUGAACACAAUUAACAUUGUAUGUUGGAAUGUACCCUCUGGAAUGAUUUUACUUAAUGCUGUAUUGGACGGCGACGUGUUUUUUUAAUGCAAAUUAUGGAAACGGUAUUGCCUAGACAUCUGUAAGCAUCUUCUGACAGCACUUACGUUCGCCAUUGCGCACCUUUCUUCAAUCAAGAUGAUGAAGGAAUUUGUCUGUCAUUUAUAAGUGGUGAUAUUCCAUCCUUUAGCGGCUGUGAUGAUGCCAUUCGAGACGACUUCGACAAAUGGUGGCUAAUGGAUUCUUGAUAUACUUGAAGUCAGUACUUUGAACAGUGAAAUUUAUUUGACAAUUUUAAGAUAUUUGACAUAUUUCUUAUAGAUAGACUUAUUAAAAAUAUAUAUGUGAACGAUCUUCCUCAUUCUAUUUCGGAUCGAUCUGCCGUGGCAAUGUUUGCUAACGACUGCACAAGUAUUACCGCGUUCAGGGAAGGAGAUAUCCAACUGAAGAUGUGCGGAAUGAUUUGAACAAUGUCGCAAGGUGGUGCUAUGAUUGGAAGAUGGACCUAAACCAAACAAAAUGGGGAGUUAUGACAAUUACAAGAAGUCGCCAACCAAUCCCUGCAGAAUAGCAACUCCUUAAUUAAUGGUUCUCUGAAACAAAUUAAUUGCCAAAAAGUUCUUCGGAUCAUUGUUGCUAAGGACCUCAAAUGAUUGGUUUAAUUCCACGAGCAGCCUCUAACACCCGAAAUGUCCACGUCCGUACGAUCUGCUCCUUUCCUUAGUUCGGAGCAAGUGUAUGCCAGCUAGGUGUGGGUACCAAAUAGUAAAUAAAAUACUAACAACUCGAACGAGUCAACGUCACGUGACGUGACGAAAUUCAUCCUUUCCCUUCCUUACAGAACAGAUAUAUCAUACAAGAAGCGACUGCAGUCUCUUAGCAUUCUACCAAUUAAUUAUCUGCUACUGGCAGGAACACCCAGAUCUAGUAUAAUGACGUUGAUAUCUCAAUACGAGUUUCUACACGAGAAAUGUUGAUCCUGAUAAUGUUAUUUUACUAACUCAAUCAAAAUGCAGGACUGUUAGUUUCUAUGUGAGAGCUCCUAGCCUUUGGAACGUACAUUCUUCCUGCGUGGUACUUCAAAAUCUUUAGUUUCUUCAAAUCCACAUUAUUUAACUACUACUUCGACCUUGUGGAACAUAUUUACAACCCAAAAACAUUCAAGUCAGUGCACGAAAUGCUACUCCACUCGUCUUCUCGCUAAUUUAUCUGUAAGAACAUGUUGUUGACAGUAAGCCAAAGCCAAUAGUAAUGUAAAUGUAUUGUUGUACCCCGUUAUUAGAGAUUAUCUCUGUGGUCAGUCCCUGCCUGUACUGCAUGUAUGUAAAUUAUAUAGUAUUGUGUAAUGGUUUAGUGGUAUUUAUGUUUGUGUGUGGCAAAUCUUGUAAGUAGAUUAGAAGGAAGAAGGUGCACGCGAAAUGGUGCUUCACACAGUAUUGCGAUUUUGGGGCGGAAAUGCUUGUAGCAGAAUCUAUGAACUCACAGGUUUUACAUCCGAUUAGAAGAAAUGACACACCCGAUUAGAAGAAAUGGAAUUUCAAAACAUGAAAAUUGUUCCUAAUAAUAUCUUUAACCUUGAUAUUGAAUGGAUUAUAUGUUAAUACCAGGAGAAUUUUGGUGUUACCUGUGACAUUGGACACAGGGUCUGUAAGGAUCUCAUGCAGGGGAAUUUGGGAGGCCUUUGAUAUACUUUUACAUGUAUUUCUAAUAUUGCUUCAUCUUUAAUUUUACUUUAUAGUGGCCGAAAUUGAUGAAUUCAGUUGAAGUUCCUUGUGCCUGUACUAGAAUCGAUUUCCGCUAAUUGAUGAAUCAAUUUUUGUAUUAUAGACCGGAUGUUAUGUGUUCACUUCUACAUUUCUCAAGCGUGCUCGUCAAUGAGAUACAUGAAGAGGUAAGGAAUAAUAUAUUAAGAAUUAGGAUAUUAUGUAAAAAGUCAGCUCAAGAUUUUGUUGUUUUAAUUUCAACAUGACACUUUUUCUUCUAUUUAUUAAUCUAAAAUGAUUUCCGUGAUUCAAUUUCAAUAACAGUAUUGUAUUUGUACAAAACAGCGGUCAGCAAUAUACAAGAAUCAGUAGACCAUACCAACAACUGGUCUACUUUCAAUAAUCUUCACCUUAACCUUGACAAAUGUAAAGAACAUCAGAUCUCUUUUAGUAAACAAAGUAGCCAUUAAUUUCCAACCAUUAUCAAUCGGAGAACAUCGUCUCGAACAUAUUACAGAAUACAAAUUGCUUGGCAUGAUUAUCAGUGAUGACCUAAAGUGGAAUAAACAUAUAGAUAACAGUCAGCAGAGCUUCCAAAAGAAUUUAUUUUCUUGUUCAACUAAAAAGAACAAAAGUCGAAGUUAAUAAUCUCGUUAAAUUUUUUAAAACCUGCAUCAGAUCCCUCCUGGAGUAUUGCUGUGCAGUUUUCCACGAUAGCCUUCCUGACUAUCUCCACCUGCGCCUGGAAAGGGUACAAAUUAGCUGUGUGUCCAUUAUUUAUCCCGAAACCGCCUCUCUAGAAAAUGCCAGUCUAUCCAGCCUGAAACAACGGCGAGAAAAGCUUGUAGCCAAAUUAUUCACCAACAUUAUAAAAGACCAAGAUCACCAAAUUAAUUGCCUGUUGCCGAACAAAAAGCGAUCCUGCUACAACUUUCGAAAGAAAAAUACAUUUACUUUACCUAAAUGUCGAACUGAUCGCUAUAAAAACACUUUUAUCCCUGCCAACAUUUUUAAGCUUAGCAAUUAAUCGUAUUCUAAUUUACACUGAAAUUUUUAACUUUUUUAAAUUUGUAAACAAUACAUGCAGUUGAGUAAUGUUUUAUAUAUUUAGCUAUAUAAUUAUUGUAAAAUUGUGUAAUUCAACCUGCUGGUUGCAAGGCAAUUCUAUUAAAAUGAUCUAUCUAUCUAGCUAUCUAACCUCUUCACGACGACAUGUCACAAAACCACAGGCAAUCGAAGUGGUCACAUACUCACUUUUCCAUUGCAGAUAUUACUCUCCAGUGAUUAUAAAUCAAUAUUUUGUAUGCAUUUGGUUGAUUCUAGAUUGUUUUAUUUAAGCAUGGUAACCCCCAGUUUGUGACAUCGUUUACAUGUUCAUAUGUGAAUAAACUUUGCUUUGAAGGGUUGGGAUUAGUCCAAGAUAUUUGCAACCACCACAUUUUUUGAGAAUAGUAAUUUAAUCAGUUUAAGCUUACACUAUGAGAGAAAAACAAAAAGUCAUCUAUUUUUAUUUCUUCAUAGGCCUUAAAUGAAGAUAUUGGCGAAAUGAUAGAGGAUUGGGUUUCGUUUAUUGAGACGUGUGCUCAGUGUGAAGAAAAUGAAAUUAUCAGACUAACGUUGUCACAAGUCAUUGGCUCUGGAAAUGUCACUUUUGUUUUAGCUGAGCCUCUUCAUGCAUUUGGUGAGAUUUGUUGCCUCCGUUAUACGUUGUUAAAAUAUUUGGUUAUUAUUCAAUAUAAAAUAUAUUACAAAGGCCCAUUUUUUUAAUGUUAUGUGUUUAAUUUUUCCACAUGUCGCCAGUCUGGCUUUCUUUUCUGCAUGUUUCUUGGAAUUGGCGAUCGAACAUUUGACAAUUAUAUAAAUAAAACAAGAUGCUCUAUUGUACAUCCAGUCACUGGUUUUAUUAAAAUAGCGGCCUGUUCUAUGAUAGUAGAAGCCUGCCCAAAUUUGACAAUAUAGGCCUAUAUGGGUGCAUGCAAGUAAGUCUAAAAGUAUGUAAUUCGUUGACUGAUUUUAAUUUUUGAUUUAGGGGCACUUCUUUAGGAGCAAAUAUAGAACGGCUCACCUUCCAGACCUAUUUAAUUGCUAUAGUGUGUCGUUCGAUCAUCUAGAUAAUUUUAACAUAUUUAAAAAAAAACGCCUUGCCGAACCAACAUUAAGGGUUUGAAACAAUGCAACAUGGUGACCAGUUUCUGGUCCAGUAGUACGAUCGUAGCUAUACUUGUUUAAAUCAGACACCUUCAGUCGAUGAGUAUGGUGGCCCAUCAUUGUCGCUGCUAAAAUCAUUUUGUCAAUAUUUUGUGGUAGAAUUGUUUUGUUCGAUAUAAUAAACACUUAUUGGAUUCAUCUUCACCCAGUAUGGCAAAAUAUUACGUCUCAACUUCAAUAUUUUAGGCUUGACCCUCGGUCUCGCCCAAUAUUGCAGUCUCGACUUAAUAUUUUGCCAUAUUGAGCUCUGUAGAAUCCAAUAAGAUAUAAUAUCCUGCUAGUAGAGGGCCAAUCAAAUUGCAGAAUAGCUUAUACCUGGUAUUUGUCUAUAUUAUAAUGCUCAGCUCAUGAUCAGCCUCGUUCAAUAAUUAUUUAAUGAAUGCCUCAUAAUAAAUGUUGUUUGUUUUUGUAUCUUUGUAUUAGAAAACCUGACAUUUCGGCUUUGGAAAAUUAUUAUCAAUUUGUUAAUCGAUGAUUCUGUGGAGGUCAAGAUUUCCAUGGCAAGUGGUUUGCCAAACGUAUUACAGUCAGUUGCGCAAGGUAAAUGUGUACCCAUGCAUGCAAGCAAUUCCCAGUAA